GCAGCUGAAGAAAAGCAGACCAAGAUGAUAUGUCUGCUGUUAGGAGCCGGUGCGUCGAUAAAUGCUAUUGAUAAUGAAGGCAACACAGCACUACACCGGACCAUACGGAAGGCCGGUAGUCCAGAGGUGGCAUCGUUGCUUCUCCAUAGGGGCGCGGAUCCAAACGCGACAAACAAGGCUGGCGAAACGGUCCUGCAUGUUGCUGCAGCGAGAACCAAGGGGGCUGCUUUGAUACAACUGCUCCUGGAGCAUCGCGCGAAGAUCGAAGCAAAAGAUAUUUCAGAGGCCACCCCGUUGCACGUUGCCAUCCAGAGCAGGUAUUACGAGAACGUCAAGAUCCUGCUUGCAAAUGGCGCAGAUCUUACAGAAAAGGACAAGAACGGUCGCGAUGCAGCAAAGCUGGCUCAUAGAGCGAGCCCGGAAAUUGACGACAUCAUAGGACGUACAAAGAAGCAACGGCAAAACAGUCGAGUCGCGUUAUCGACCAGUCGGAGAGGUUCCACCAUCUCUUCCAUUCCAACAGAGAGCGAAAGUGAUAACCUACCCCAAGCAAGGAACCACUCAAUAGCCACAACGUUUCGUCAACGAUUGUUUCAGAAGAAAGAGUUCCAUGGUCCGAAUGGAUGAUGUUAAUUCACGUUGGGGUGUGAGUCCGCUUUUUUGUAAUUUUGACAUUCGCUUAUACAAGCCGCCGGCUCUUCUGUGUAAAUUCAUGAAGCAGUUGAAUUGGUGUGAUUGUUCCAGUCAGUCGGCGUCGGCGUUUGGGGGAUCGCGGGUCUC